CCUGAGCUCUGCACUGAGCUGUCACAGGCAGCAUCUUCUUCCCCCUGCCUUGUCCCCAGAGGGCUGAGCUGGCAGGGUCCGUGGUGCCCCACUGUGUGCCGCAGCAGCACAUCAGUGAUCGAGGCACAGCAGGGGACAGCCAAGCAAGGUCCUGGGCUGCUGUGGUGCUGCUGAGCUGGGAUCAGCAGGAUGACGAUGGCACGGUUGGGCAGUGCCCCUGCAGCACCAGGCACCCUGGCAGCCGGGCUGCAGCCCUCCUGCCGUGGUGACCCUGAAGGGAGCCCUUUAAGUGGCAAUAACAGCUUCUCCCACUGCCCACAGAUGUUUGGGUUCCUGCCAGUGAUAUCGGCCCACCCUUCCCUCCCUCCCUCCUUCCCGCCCGCCCUCCUCCGGACUGGGACCAGCAGAGCCAGCAGCGCUGCCGUGGGAGCCUCUCGGUGUUCCCAGCACCACCGCUGUCCUGCAUGCCCAGCCGGGCAACCACUGGGCCAGGACGACCUCGCCACCAGACCGGGUCCGUGCAGGAGUGCUGGCAGCAGGGAGAACCCCCCGGGGACUCAGUGAUGCUGGGACUGCGCCCGCAGCCGCUUCGGGACCGGUGAGCAGGGUGGGGGAAAGCCCCAUGGGGCUUCAUCUGCUGGAGGGGCCGGGCCAGCAUGGAGCCAGCCAGCGCCCUUCCCAACGCCUCCGGUAACGGCAGCGGCACUGGCAGUGCCCCACACUCGCCCGCAGCCACGGGGCUCAUCCUGCUGGCAGCCCUGUCCGUCCUGCUGGCCACGCUGGUGGGCAACGCUCUGGUGGUGGUGGCCAUCUCCACCAGCCGGGCCCUGCAAGCCCCACAGAACCUCUUCCUCGUGUCCCUGGCCUCGGCAGACAUCCUGGUGGCCGUCCUCGUCCUGCCCUUCUCGCUGGCCAACGAGGUGAUGGGCUACUGGUACUUUGGCGGGCUGUGGUGCAGCCUGUACCUGGCGCUGGACGUGCUGCUCUGCACGGCGUCCAUCGGGCACCUCUGUGCCAUCAGCCUCGACCGCUACUGGGCCGUGACACGGGCGGCACGGCUCAACCUGCGCCGCAGCCCGCGGCGGGUGAAGGGCAUGAUCGGGGCGGUGUGGGCGGCGGCGGCCCUGGUGGCACUGCCACCGCUCCUGCGGCCGCGGCCGGCCGGGCGGGAGUGCCAGCUGAGCCAGGAGACCUGGUAUGUGCUGGCCUCCUGCGCCGCCUCCUUCUUCGUGCCCUGCCUCGUCAUGGUGGCCGUGUACUGCCGCAUCUACCGCCUGACUGCCCGGCGGACGGCCGCCCUGCUGGCUGCCCGCUCCCCGCGCCCCGCCAGCGGCGAUGGAAAGGUGUCGGGUGUUGGGAUGCUGAGAUGGCGUCGCCGGAGCCAGCACCAGAGCGUGCUGCUGUGCCGCCGGCGGCUGGUGCAGGCGCGGGAGCGGCGCUUCACCGUCGUGCUGGCCGUGGUGAUGGGCGCCUUCGUGCUGUGCUGGUUCCCCUUCUUCUUCACCUACAGCCUGGGCGCUCUCUGCGGGCAGGGCUGCCAUGUCUCCAAGCCGCUCUUCAACUUCUUCUUCUGGAUCGGCUACUGCAACAGCAGCGUCAACCCCCUCAUCUACACCCUCUUCAACCGGGACUUCCGCGCUGCCUUCCGCCGGCUCCUCGCCGUCCCGCACCGGCACCGCACUUAGGGACAUGCUGGGACACCGGGGACACGGCCCCA